CAUGGCCUCGCCAGCCCCGUCCUCCUCCCUCUGAGCCGCUGGCAACCGUUUCCAUAGCGACCAAGGCCCGCCGCAAGAUGGCGGCCGCGCUGAGGCGGCCUCCGCAUCGUUUGUCGGGCAGCCCCUGCCCGCCAUGAUCACUGCUGUUCUCGGGGCCUGCUGCUGCUGCUGGGGUCUGAGUGCCCCACGGGGUGGGCCCAGACCCCGGCCCCGCCAGGGAACCCCGUCUUUCAGCCUUCUUUUAUCCACAUGUCUGGGCCCACAGUCAGUUCAUUUUUAGUGGGGAAUUCAGCAGAUGUUGUUCUGGCUGUAAAUGUAAUACAUGUGAACACCGAGACAGGAAUGUUGCCACUGUUACACUGCAGUGGGAGUAACAGAUAUGGUGAAUGGAGUUUGAAUGUUUCUCGUGGUAUGAAUGUUUCCAAAGUGACAGUAACCUUGAUGAGAAACCUGCAGUUGUGUUUGUCUAACACAACUGAUUGCUGCAUGGAGCCACUUUGCGUUGUUGAGACUCUUCAAGUUUCUGCUUGCCGUGGUUCAACAGUGUUGGCAAAUCUCCUGAUUCAAGCUGAAAUAUAUGCCAACUCUUCCUUUACAGGAAAUGUGUCAGAAAAUGCAACAGUCAUCCCUAACCAAGUGUUCCAGCCCCUCGGCUCUUGUCCUUGUAACCUGACAGCUGGAAUUUGUGAUAUUCGUUGUUGCUGUGAUCUGGAAUGCACGCCAGAUUUGAAGCAGUUGUUCAGUGGAUCAUGUUUUGCUGGAGUGUUUGGUGGGAAUGUAAACCUGCCUUUUGACCAAUUGUGCUCUGUUCAGACAACGAACAGUGCUCCUGACUGGUUUCCCUUCUUGUGUGUACAGUCUUCUCUUAACAAUACACCAUUUCUUGGCUACUUCUACCAUGGCUCUGUUUCUUCAUCUCUAGUUUCUUCAUUUAAGAUUCCUUUGCAAACUGUUCCAGAAAAACCUUUAAGUGGUUACAAACAAGGAGAUCCAAUUAUGACAACAGAGAAUGAGUAUUUUACAAUUCGUCAGCGAUCCAUGGCUGGGCAGUGUGUUGGAAACGCCCCAGUAGCAUUCCUUCAGAAUUUUGAUGUUAAAUGUGUUACUAGUCUGUCAGCUUACAAGGAAGGAUUGUCUCAUAAUGUGAUGAUAACCAGUGGUACUGGAGACACUGUCCAACAAAAUGUGAUCUAUGGGAAUGUAACUGAUGUACGUAACUUCAUCACUAAACCAGAAGACAUUCAGUCUACUGAGGUUUUAUGUACAAAUGUGACCUUUGCAGAAUAUUAUAUGUUCAUAUGGAAAGGCAAGACAAUAGAGGAAAUAAAUGUCACAGUCCUCAUUGGAGAAUUAUGUGAUGGAGAAAUACUGACACAGAGAUUUUCAGUAAACUUUGUAAGCUUCAAUACUACUAAUACAACAGAGCUAUCUGGGAAUCCAGGUUACCAAGUUGGCAAACCUGUUAGAGCGGUAAAUAUUUCUUCUGAUACUGUUACCACUCUAAAACUUUGGCAGCCAGUUGGCAAUGGUUUGUGUACAUCAGCAACUUUCACACCAGUUCUGUUUGGAUUAAAUUCACUAUCUGGAUGCGUUUUAGAAGUGAAUAUUAAUGAAGAUUGCGGUCAGUUAAGGGAGGAUGUAACUGAUAGACUUAAUUCAUUAAUACAAGCUACUCAUGUUGGGAAGAGAGGCAACUCAAGUUACAGUGAUCUAAAUGACUUGGUGGAAAUAAUACGUUUAGAUCCACCUAAUCCUAGUGCAAAUGCAAGUGUUGGAAAUUUGAACGGCAUCUGCUCAGAUAUUCCUGCUAACCUGAAUAUUCACAUAAUCACUGCUGAUGUGGGUGCAGUAGAAGGGAUUGCACAGGAAGAGAUACUCGGUGUACAGAUCAGUUUUUCAACAGUGAUAUGGCAAUUCCAAUGUGGGAUUAUCUGUGAAAAUAAGUCCAGUUCUCUUCCUAUCACUGCUUCAGUCCAGUUUAUUAAAGUACCAGCUCAACCACCCAUUCCAAUGACAAGAUUUCAGAUUAACUAUACAGAAUAUGACUGCAAUCGAAAUGAAGUUUGCUGGCCACAACUAUUUUAUCCAUUGACAUGGUAUUACACAGGAGAACCAUACUCUCAGUGUCUUGCCAAAGGCUUGAUACUAGCAUUUUUCUUUCUACUCGCAGCUGUUCUGAGUAAUCCUUGGAGCAGAAUCCUUAAAUCUGCUGAAAAAGAGGCAGAAGUAUUUUUCCUCCUUCACCCUCAGCUCAACCCCAGUGUAAGUGUAUUUCAAAGAAAAUUUGUGGUUGAAGUGAAGAAGUGUGAAGAAAUGGAAAGGAUACUUGGAUUUCUAGUUCAAGAAAUUAAGAAAGCUGAUAUUCCUCUUCCUGAAGGAGAUACUGCUCCGGCUGCCCCUCAUCUUAAACACAUGUUAGAAAUCCAGGAACAGUUGCAGAAGCUCGAGACAGAAUUGAGGGAGGUGACUAAAAACAAAGAAAAGUUGAAGAAAAACCUGCUUGAGUUGACAGAGUACACAUACAUGUUGCGGAUCACACAAACCUUUAUCAAAAGACCCGUUGAGUAUGAAUCCUGUUUACAUGCCAAUUAUGAGGAAUUCCCAUCUUUAGAAAAUGAUCCUUUGGUGGACUACACUUGUAUGCAUCGGCUGGGUGCCAAGCUAGGAUUUAUAUCUGGUUUAGUUCACCAAGCAAAAAUUGAAGCAUUUGAAAAAAUGCUAUGGAGAGUCUGUAAAGGAUAUACCAUUCUUACUUAUGCAGAGCUGGAUGAAUGUUUGGAAGAUCCAGAUACAGGCGAAAUCAGAAAAUGGUUCGUGUUUUUAAUAUCCUUUUGGGGUGAACAGAUUGGCCAGAAGGUUAAGAAGAUAUGUGACUGCUAUCAUUGUCAUGUAUACCCCUAUCCCAAUACCACUGAGGAGCGCAGAGAUGUUAUUGAAGGACUAAACGUUCGCAUUCAGGAUCUUCAUGUUGUGCUGCAUAAAACUGAGGAUUAUUUACGACAAGUAUUAUGUAAAGCAUCAGAAUCCAUUUAUACCUGGGUUAUCCAAGUGAAGAAGAUGAAAGCCAUUCAUCAUGUACUAAACCAGUGCAGUUUUGAUGUCACAAAUAAAUGUUUAAUUGCUGAGGUUUGGUGCCCAGUAGCUGAUCUGCCAAACUUGCGUCGAGCACUCGAGGAAGGAUCAAGAAAGAGUGGAGCUGCAAUCUCUUCAUUCAUGAACACCAUAACAACAACAGAAACGCCUCCAACUUUAAUACGUACCAAUAAAUUCACUUCGGGGUUCCAAAACAUUGUUGAUGCUUAUGGAGUUGGGAACUACAGAGAAGUUAAUCCAGCCCUCUACACCAUCAUCACCUUCCCCUUCUUAUUUGCUGUUAUGUUUGGAGACUUUGGACAUGGUCUUCUAAUGUUUAUCUUUGCCCUCUUGAUGGUACUCUAUGAAAACCACCCUCGACUAAUGCGAUCACAAGAUGAGAUCAUGAAAACAUUCUUUGAAGGGAGAUACAUAAUUUUGUUGAUGGGUCUGUUUUCUGUAUACACUGGCUUGAUCUAUAAUGACUGUUUUUCAAAGUCAUUAAAUAUAUUUGGUUCUGGAUGGAAAAUUUCUGCAAUGUUUGAAAAAAAGAUCUGGCGUCUUGAUGAUUUGAAGUCUAAUCGAUAUUUGACAUUGGAUCCAAAUGUUACUGGAGUGUUCAAUGGAGUUUAUCCUUUUGGCAUAGAUCCGAUCUGGAACCUGGCAAGCAACCGUCUCAGUUUUUUAAAUUCUUUCAAAAUGAAAAUGUCUGUGAUUUUUGGAGUGACUCACAUGACUUUUGGAGUUAUUCUGGGGGUCUUUAACCACUUAUAUUUCAGGAAGAGGCACAAUAUUUAUUUGGUUUUCCUUCCUGAACUUUUAUUCAUGCUGUGCAUCUUUGGGUAUCUUGUAUUUAUGAUCAUCUUUAAAUGGCUAGCUUAUUCUGCAGAAAACUCCAGAUCUGCUCCCAGCAUUCUGAUUCAAUUUAUUAACAUGUUUCUAUUUCCCACUAGUGGAAUGGACACCUUUUAUACAGGACAGGUUAUUUUACAGAGAUUUUUAUUUAUUGUUGCUUUGCUUUCUGUUCCUGUAAUGCUUUUUGGAAAACCACUUUAUUUGUAUUGGUUGCACAAUGGAGGCCGAGGCAUUGGAAUGUACAGAAGUGGCUACAGACUUGUUCGAAAAGAAAGUGAAGAAGAACUUUCUCUAUUACAAUCACAUGAUGUGGAGGAAGGAAGCAGCCCUUUAGACAGUGGGCACAGAGAAGGGGAUGGAGAAGAGUUUAACUUUGCAGAUGUUUUUAUGAGUCAGACUAUUCAUACCAUUGAAUACUGUCUAGGAUGCAUCUCCAACACUGCUUCAUACCUGAGACUCUGGGCACUAAGUCUUGCUCAUGCACAGUUAUCAGAAGUGCUGUGGGCAAUGAUAAUGAGAGUGGGCCUUCGUGUGGAUGCAGCAUAUGGAAUCUUGCUGUUAGUUCCAGUUUUAGCCUUCUUUGCUGUGUUAACAGUAUUCAUUCUUUUGGUCAUGGAAGGUCUUUCUGCUUUUCUACAUGCUGUACGACUUCAUUGGGUGGAAUUUCAGAACAAGUUCUACACCGGUGGAGGUUACAAGUUUACUCCUUUUUCCUUUAAGCACAUUUUUUUACAUUUUAAUAAAGAUGAUAUUGCAUAAUUUUAUUGGCAUAAGCAGAGGUGUUCAGAGUUGUCUGCAAAUCAUGUAAUUAGAUCUCACUGAUGUACAGUUUGUAGAAAAAAUGUGUUUUUCACUGAUUGCCUUAUAAUGUAGCCAAAUAAUUCUGUAAUAUAUACCUCCUUCAUACAAAUACAUUGCAGAUCUGGAGACUCUUGUAAAAUAUAUAGGCAUAAAAUGUAUGUUUUUUUCAUAAUAAACUAAUGUAAAUUAAUUUUAAGAUAAUUCUAAAAAUCUUGUUGCUUGUUCUAAAAAUAAGAAAGGUAUUUUAUUUCCAGAAGAGACUGUUUAUAUUCUUUAAUGAAUACUUUUAAAUGAUCUUAAAGACCUUAAUUUCUGUUUCGUCAUAUAAAAUACACAGCAAGAUUACUGUACAUUACUCAUGUGAUCACACCCCCUCAUUAACUUAAUUUACCAUCUAAUGGAAUCUGGAAGCAGUUAAGAUUAAACAGUGUAUGUUUUCAGUAGUUAUUCCCAGGAGAUUACCAAAAAUAGUAUAAACCGGUAAAUACUAAUAUAAAAUGCUCUUGUGGGGCUAUUUUUAAAACACCACACCAACAUUAUUUUUUUGUUUUUAUAAAAACAAUCUUGUGUCUUGAAUUCUGCCCAGAAUUAUUACUUUAAUCUUUGUAAGUGCACAUCCUGAAGCUUCAUUUGAUAAAAGAAAAAUUAAGGGCAGGUAGGGGAAACCCAACGAUGGUUCUUUUUAUCUCCCUUCAUUGAGGAGUUUAUAGUCUUAUGCCCCAAUUUUGCUAAAUGGUCUGUGUGGGUGGACUCCUAUAUUGCGUGGAACUCUGCUGGGUGCAGGGAUUGCCCAUCCAGACCAUUUUGCAGGAUCAGGGCCUUAAUGAUGUCUUUAACAGGUGACUCAAAUUGUAUAGCAGAAUAUGGUGUAUUAAAUGCUCAUUCUACAGACCUUUCACAUGCAAAGUUCCCAUUAAUGGGAACUAUAUUUUUAUGACGAGUGCAGAAUCAGGCCUUGAAUUUAUUCUGUAUAUAUUUGGCUUUAAAGACAUUUAUGGAUAUAACUUGACUGGAGUGACUGGUUUAUCUGAUGUUAUUGAACCAAAGUUGUUUAUACUGAUUUUAAGAAAUGUUACUUAAAAGGGUGUAUGUGAAGGGAGGAGACCGUGCUUUUGCAUUUUUUAUAUCAAAAUGAAAAUUGGGAUAUUUUACCAUAAUAGUUUGACAUUUGUGCCAUAAGAACAGCAUAAGUUAACGUUUACAGUUUUCUUUCAUACUGAUUCCAAAUAAAAUCUAAUUGCCAUUUGCAGAAUUAA